AUGCCACAACUUAACCCAAACCCAUGAUUCUUUAUUAUACUAACAUCAUGACUGACUUUUUCACUAAUCCUUCAACCAAAACUUCUAUCAUUCACCCCUACCAACUCCCUACCUAACCUACCCGCCCCCGCCACAACUACCAAAACUACACCCUGAGCCUGACCAUGAACCUAA